GCUCGGGAAUAAAGAAAAGGUGGCCAGAAUGGAGCUGGGGCCUGGGGCCUGGGCAGCUCUCCUCCUUCUGCUGCUCCUCCUGCUGUCCACCCUGUGGUUCUGCAGCCCCAGUGCCAAGUAUUUCUUCAAGAUGGCCUUCUACAAUGGCUGGAUCCUCUUCCUGGCUGUGCUCGCCAUCCCUGUGUGUGCCGUACGAGGACGCAAUGUUGAGAACAUGAAGAUCUUGCGUCUGAUGCUACUCCACAUCAAAUACCUGUAUGGGAUCCGAGUGGAGGUGCGAGGGGCUCACCACUUCCCUCCCGUGCAGCCCUACGUUGUGGUCUCCAACCACCAGAGCUCCCUCGACCUGCUGGGGAUGAUGGAGGUGCUGCCGGGCCGCUGCGUGCCCAUUGCCAAGCGGGAGCUACUGUGGGCCGGCUCGGCCGGGCUGGCCAGCUGGCUGGCAGGCGUCAUCUUCAUUGACCGGAAGCGCACCGGAGAUGCCAUCAGUGUCAUGUCUGAGGUGGCCCAGACCCUGCUCACCCAGGAUGUGAGAGUCUGGGUUUUUCCUGAAGGAACACGAAACCACAACGGCUCCAUGCUGCCCUUCAAACGUGGCGCCUUUCACCUUGCAGUACAGGCCCAGGUUCCCAUUGUCCCCAUAGUCAUGUCCUCCUAUCAAGACUUCUACUGCAAGAAAGAGCGCCGCUUCACCUCGGGACGAUGUCAGGUGCGGGUGCUGCCCCCAGUGCCCACAGAAGGGCUGACACCAGACGAUGUCCCAGCUCUGGCAGACAGAGUCCGGCACUCCAUGCUCACCAUCUUCCAGGAGAUCUCCACCAAUGGCCUGGGUGGAGGUGACUGUCUGAAGAAGCCUUGGGGGGUGGGCGAGGCCAGGCUCUGAGCUCCUCCCCCCUCUUCCUCCCAACCCAGUGGUCCUGAAGCAGGCCCUCCUCCUGGUCCCCCCCCCCACUCUCCUUUUGGAAUCUUCACCUUCUGAAGAGAAUGUGGAAUCGUCACUCCUUGUCCUUGCCCUGCCCCAUCAUGGACUCUCCUGCCUGGGUGCAGUCUCCACUCCAGUUCCCACCUGCCAUCUUGUCUUUGGGACAGUUGCCCCCUCAUCUCAAAUGGCUUGUCUGACACAAUGGUGGGGGCUGUCCCAUCCCCUCCCCAGUGGGCUCUUCCCUUGCAGUCUUCUCUCCCUCUCCACCCCACACUGGACAGUGGACUUAUCCGUUCCAUGGAACAAUCCACUUCCCUACCCCAAGUCCACUGAUACAGUGGGCACAUCCGUUGGUGAGGACUCCUCACCCUGUGGCUGGAAACUGAACUCAAAACUCCUGGGCUCACCUGAGGAGAUCCUCAGCACCUUCACCUGUCCCCCAGGGCCACCUCAGCAGGGCUAGACUCUUGUAACUCACAGGUCUCAUCCCUGUCUUGCUCAGGGGCCUAGGGUUGAGCACACUCCAGAUGCCAAUUUCUGCUUCCCCUAUCCUGGGGGUACAGGUCUUUAGGGUCCUGACCCCUCCUGGACCAUCAAAGCAACAGGGAGAAGCUGACCAGAUGAGCUCCUCUUGCUGCUCCCGUGGACCUUGGGGAAAGGCGCCCCGACUCCAGCUAGAGGGAGAGGAGGGCACUUCUUUGGCGGUACCUCCCUCUCUGAGCCAAUUUUCAUUUCUUCCCAGUGGCAUUGUCUGCCCCCUGCCUCCCACCCCAGACCCAUUCCGACGACCCGUGAGGUGGGCUGGGAGCAGAAGGAAAGGGUAGGACCCAGUUUUGUGUGGUUGGUUUUUAUUAGUUAAUCUGGAUAACAGCAAGCAACUGAGAAUAAAGAGAAAGAGAGAA